AUGAUAUAAGACACUUAAUAAUCAUUUAAGGAUUUUUUGGAAACAUAUGCAAUUAGAAAAAAGUAGCCUGAAAAAAGAAGACAACCAAAAUUGAAUCCAAUGUUUCUAUUAACUAAAUAUCAACCUUAAAGGAAUUCUAUCUAAAUUGAAUAAAAUUUUAGUUAUGCAAUUACUAAUUCUAAGAGUACACAUAUAGAUCCUCCAUUAAGUUUACGAUUUAAAACAUUAGAGAGUGAAAAGAGCAAUAUGUCAGGUCUAUCAUAAUUUCGUAAGAAUGAGUGGAAAUAAAAGGAUAAAAAUUAUUGUUUAAUUAGAAAUUCUGAAUUACUUAAUGAUGUUAUUCAAAAAUCAUCUAGAUAUCAUAGUUAAUAAUAAUUGGUACCAAUUAAAUCAUAAGAUUAAAUAAUUAAGGGAUACUUAAUGGAAUUAUCUCGAAAAAGAAAAGUAGCACCUAAACCUUAAGGGACAGAUGAAUUAUUGAAUUUUGAAGUUGAUUAAAUAUAUUUAGAUAUAACAAGAAGAGAUAAUAUAUUAAGUGUUAAGUUUCCUAAUAAAAAUUAACCUGGAGUAAAAUAAGUAUUUAGAAAUCUUUUAGCUACUGCAUAUGAUCAAUAAAUGUUUUUAGAUUUACCACGUUUAAGAAUAAUACAUUUAGGUAUGUAAUUAACACAUGCUCACUUUUUUAAGUUUAAAUAUCAUUUUCUUAAUAAGUACAUGUAAUUAAACAUCUCAACAGAAAAGAUGUUUAAUUGUUGUGAAAGGAUUGAAAAUGUUCGUCCUUAUAUACUUAAUGAAAUAUUAGAAUUUGAAAUUUAUGGAGGUGAAGAAGGUAUUAAAGCUAUUACAAAAUUAAUGUAUAAAAAGAUUCUAUCAGAUGUCACAUUAUCACCUUAUUUUGAAAAGAUUGAUGUUGCUACUUAAGAAAUGAAAUUUGCUAGACUCUUUUUUUAAUUAAUUUAUCAUUUAGAUUCACCAAAUUAUUCAUGUGAAGUACUUAGAGAAAGACAUGUAAAAUAUGCAUUAACAAAUGUAUAACUUACAAAUUUUAAAUACUAUUUAUCAUUAACUUUAUAAUAGUCUGGUAUACCAUGGAAGAAUAUAAGACAACUAUUAAGAAGAAUGGAUAUCUAUAAAUAUGCAAUCAUAAAUAAAAAUGAUCUUUAAUAUUAUGUUAAUUAAUUAGGUUUUAAUUAAUUUAUUGAAAAAUUUGUAAAUAGUUGUUCAUAAGAUGCAAUGUUAUCUGAAUUGAUAUAACGUAGAGGAAAAUAAAAGUUUAUUGCACAUUGUUGUAAUAUUUUUCAUUACUUUUUUCGUUAUAACAUAAAAGCUGUUACUAGAGAAGAUUUAUAUUUAAUUCAUUCAAAAAAAGCUAUAAUAAAUGAGAAGAUUUUUGAUAGAUUCAAAUAAAAGGCUGUUGAAUCAGUAAAAGAUUUAACUAAUGAUAACAUAGUAAUUUAAGAUUUUAUUGAAGAUUGGGAUGAAAUUAAACCAAUAAUUUUAGGGGAAACAAGAGAAUAAUAAAUAUUAAGUUUAGGUCAAGAUUAUUUAAUACCAAAAUUAGUUUCAAUUUUAGAAUAUGAAUUUUUUUAAAGACAUUUAAAUAAAAUAUAUGAAACUGAAGAAGCAGAAAUGAGUUAAAGCAUUCUAUGCAAAUUAAAUUUACUUCUUUAUGGAAUUAGAUUUUUCAAAAAAUAAGAUUUAUAAAUUAUUCACAAAAGAUUCAAAAUAACUUCAUCACAAUACUAUGAUUUUGCACAAUGUUUUAAAAUUGCUUUAUAAGAAUACAAAAUCUUGAAUUAUGUUCAUUUAUUAAUUGAAGAGUAUGAAGAAUUUAUAGUCUCUGAUUGA